UCGCGGGUUUACUCCGGAUCGCAGCCCCCGCUCCCUUUACGGGGGCUUCCUCCGCCCCGCCUUUUGCCACGGCGCGUUUAGGAGACUUGCUCCGCCCGAAUCUUCCGGGCUGGGCAGAUUGAGAGAGAGAGAGAGAGAGAGAGAAAGAGGCAGCGCGCGAGGCUCAGGAGGUGGAGCGCUCGGCCCGCUGGACCUCGCCCGGUUCUGCUCCGGUUCUCCAGCCUCCCCCCGCUACCCCACCGUCGCUUGGCCUGUCUGGCGAGGAAGCGCCCUUGCUGGGUCUCCCAGGAUGGUGAUCAAAGUCUACAUCGCCUCUUCCUCCGGCUCCACCAAGAUUAAAAAGCAGCAGCAAGAUGUGAUCGGCUUCUUGGAAGUCAAUAAGAUUGAGUUUGAAGAGAAAGACAUUGCGGCCAAUGAAGAGAAUCGCAAAUGGAUGAGAGAGAAUGUCCCAGAGGAGAGCCGGCCAGCCACCGGGAAUCCAUUGCCUCCGCGAAUCUUUAAUGACAGCCAGUACCUUGGGGAUUAUGACGCUUUCUUUGAAGCUAGAGAGAACAACGCAGUCUAUGCUUUUUUAGGCUUGACUGCCCCACCUGGUUCAAAGGAGGCAGAAGCACUAGCAAAACAAGGAUUGUGAAUCCUUCCUCCCUCACUUCCUCCCAGCCUCAAGCCUUAAAACUUCUGCAAAGAGAAAAAUCCUGCAGCUUUUCUCCCUAAAACAGCAAAAACCAAUGUGCUUAGAGGAAAAAGAAACAAAGGGUUUUUUUUUUUUGUUUUCCCCAAAAUUACUGGCUGCUCUCUACAAUAUUCUGCCAUAUAGGCUUAACAGGAAGCCACACCAAAUAGUAUUAUCAUUAUGAAUGAUGAUAAUAAUAAUAAUGAUAAAUACAAAGGUGCCACAGUGAGAGAGAAAGAAAUUAAAUGAAGCUUCUAGAAACCCUUGAUUGAAUUUUGACUCUUGCAAUGGAUAUGAUUUAUUCCCUGGCAAUUGCAUAAAAGUCCUCAAACCCUCCCCCACCCCACCACCUUUUUUUUUGUGAAAUUAACAAAAGCAUUUUUGUUAUUUUUGCUCUCUGCGACACAGAUCUGUAAUUAUAAUUGCAGAUGCAGAGAAAAUCUAGCUGCAAAAAUGUUUAUUAAUAAACCCCAGUGCCUCUACUGCUUCAAAAACCAAAAUGACAAAUAGGAUGCCCUAAAGUUGACUUUUCUUUUAAUGGCUAUUUCUAAAGUUGCAAUAAUUUGAUGCGGUUAGGAUGUUUGUAGAGUUAUUCUUUUGUAGCAUAGAUUGAUGCCACUGAUGGAAUCAGGGCAGGAUUUGCCAGGGUUGUUCAGAACAAAAUAACUGUCCUAGGGAAAGGCAAGAUUUUUGUGCAGUCGUAGUGAAAUGUGCAUUUCUAAUCCUCUGGAUUUAUGAAAACAGCAAAAUAGUUUUUAUUUCUCUAAAAUGUGAAGCAAAUGUAAUAUGGGGCCAAAAUACUUUUGUUAUAUUUUUUUUUAUUAAGGAACAAGGUCAAGUAAUUAUGAAUUAGAAUAAAACUUAGUUUGAUAUAUUGAGCUUGUAAAAUGUUUUCUUGUGUAAGAUGAGAUAUGUUAAAAUCAAGGGUCCAAUAUGAAAUAAAACUGAAUAAAAGUCAUUU